CGUCACGGGUCUUUCUAUAAAGAUAUACACAAUUGCGCGUGCGUCAAUUUGCUAGUUGUUCUUCUUGACUCUCAAAAUUCACCCCGCUCUGGUUUGCUUUAGCGAAUCUUAAUUUUUCAGAAUGCAGCAAGGCAACUAUCCAAGGCCAUCUUAUGGCGCUCCACCACAGAAGAGGUUCAGGAACGCUAAUGGAGGGGCUAACAACAGGAGAAAGCAGCCUAACUUCUCUGCUGACAUAGUGUUCACCACCAAGGCGGGAAAUGUGCAGACCAUCCCCACCUUGACCAAACAGUUGAAGGCCAUCACUGGUGAGACUGUCAUUGGUCUUCAGUAUGUGUGGGAGUACCGCAGCCCCAGUAAGUCAGUCCCGCCCCAUUACCAGUGUAAACUCUGCAAGGUGAGCCGUCUGCAGACUGACAUGCUGGCUCACAUCAAGGGCUGGAAGCACUCCUUCAGAUACAUGAAGCAAAAUCAUCCUGCCAAGAUGCCCUUUGAGGAAGAUGCUGCCACAAAGGACCAUGAAGUGAGGAAGAAGGUGAAAGAAGCAGCAGCAGAGCUGGAGAAGGCAGAGGGCAGGGGACAGCUAAAGGUGAUUCUGAAGGAGCCCAGUGAGGUCCAAGCGUUUGCAGGACUACGUUCAGCAAUCCCCAACAUGGGGCCACCAGGAGGGAUGGGAGGGCCAGGAGGAAUGGGAGUGCCAGGAGGGAUGGGAACUAGAGGACCAAAACCAGGUGGCAGGUUUGCAGAGCCUCUGUUCCCAGGGGAGUUCCCUCUCCAAGGCGGCCUCCUCAACUACCCCAUGGGCGGUAUGGGGGGCUACUCUGACCCCCUGUCUCGCUCCACACCCUCUACGGCCUUCCAGAAAAGGGACAUGAGCUUCCGAGGCUACCCUGACAAUACUGGGGGGCAGAGGCUGGGGGGUUCAGCCGAUGGCUUUGGGCUGGGAGGGGGAAGGGACGGAGGCUUUGGCCAGGAGGGGCUGUUGGGGGAGAGUCCGGGAAGCCGCUACCUUGAUGAGUUCAGUGGGGGACAGAUGGGAAGUGGAUCAGGCCAAGGAUUGAUGGGAGCGGUACCUGAAACCAGCAGCCUUCCGUCAACACUGCUCAAAUACCUGGACAAUUUCCGGAUCGAGAACGAGGGUGAUGCUCAGAUCGUGCUGAAGGUGACACAGAAGCUGACGGAUGUCCUAAUGGACUACAGACUUAGGAAUGUUUCCUCGCAGGGUCCUAGUAUGAAGAGCGGUUCGUCGCUGGGCUCCACGAGCUACUCCGAUUCCCCCAGAAUGUCUAGCGGUAGUGACCGCUUCUCAGGUGGCUUCUCUGGGAACCUCUCCGGCCCUUCCAGAUACUCUGAUGGUCCAUCCAGGUACUACAACUAACUGAUCCAUCCCCACGUGACACAUCCAUCUUCCUGGGGUAACCCAUCCACCACCUCCGCCUCACCCCCAAGAUAUACCCUGAGUCCAUGGGGUCUGCAGCUGUCUGUCUAGCCACUGAAGAGGAUUUUUAUUUUAUAGUUAUAAUUUUCCUUCAAAGCAGAAACUCUGAUAUAAUUGUGUACUUAUUAGUGCAGACUUUGUUUUAAAUAACUUAUUUUGACAUGAAUAGGUUGGACCAAAGUUUGACUUUUAGUUUUCACCAUUGUCUGUAUUCAUGUGAUUUUGGCAUAUUUUUACUGGGAUUUCUUGGACAAUCUUGUCUGUUAGAAAUUAAGUGUUUGAUUAAAAACAAGUGUAAUGUUUAGGGAAACAGAUGUUUUGUGGCAAAUGGGUUACUGAUGUACUGACUGCUGUUUGAGUUGGGCUUUUCUCCACACCUGGCUUCACCUGCGGAAUCGUCUUGAGACCAGCCACCCUGACAGCUGAUGAAACCGAGGAGUAUUUCUGUCUGUAUUAAAGCCCUUUUGUGAGGGAUAAACUCAUUCUGAGUGGCUGGGCCUGAACGGAAUCCCAGGAUGUAUGGUGCAUUUGGAAAGAAUUCAGACCCUGACUUUUUCACAUUUUCCAGCCGUAUUCUAAUAUGUAUUAAUCUACACACCUACCCAAUAAGUAAAAACAGGUUUUAGAAAUGUUUGCAGAUGAAUUAAACUGAAAUAUUUGCAUAAGUA